CUGCUCGGCGUAAAGGAGCCCCCCUCUCAGGUCCUGUCUCCAGCCGAGUCAAAAUCCCGAGGGAAGAGAAAGAGGAAAAAGGAAAAUGGCGGCGGCGGCGCUUCGUCCGGCGAUCCUCCGCCACAUCCGCCUCUUGCCCACCACGGUGGCACCUCUCGCCGCUGCCGCCGCGGCGGGCCAGCCCCACGCCCAGGCGCUGUGGCUCACGCGGCCAAUGUCCUCCCACGACGCGCACCUCACCCGCGACGAGGUCGUAGACCGCGUCCUCGAUGUCCUCAAGAGCCACCCCAAGGUUGACCCCUCUAAGGUAACCCCCGAUGCACACUUCGAGAAGGAUCUGGGGCUGGACAGCUUGGACACGGUGGAGGUGGUGAUGGCGAUUGAGGAAGAGUUCAAGCUCGAGAUCCCCGACUUGGAGGCCGACAAGAUCGACUCCAUGCAGCUCGCUAUCGAGUACAUCGUCAACCACCCCAUGGCCGGCUGAGUGUGUCCCCCUUCCGUUGCCCUGUCCCUGGGUGAGGCUUUUCUUGUUUCUGUUUCGGACGAUGAAUAAUUGACUGGAGUUGUUCAGGAAAACUGGUCCCUGUUGCUCCGUGUUGUGUCGGUCAAUAUUGAUCCUGGAUGGAAGUGUAUUGCUGUGGUGGGGAUGCAAUGUUAGCUCUUUUGUUACAUACAGAGUCGCUGAAGAACUAGUUUUCUUGUUCACAA